AUGUGCAUUCGCACACUGAGUACUAUUGGCAAUGGCAAGACCGACCAGGCGCUUCGCCGGUCAUAUCUCUAUGUGCCCACAUCGUCCGACCGGAUGCUGGACAAGUCUUUGAGCACACCAUCCGACGUCAUCAUAUAUGACCUCGAGGACAGCGUACCGCCCUCCGCUUACGACAAAGAAAGCGCGAGACAAAGACUGAGUACGUUUCUCAGCCGCACACCAGAGCACAAGCUCCCGCACCCUCAGCGCAUAGCUGUCCGCCUAAACGACAUCACCACGCCUUUCUUCGAGAAUGAUAUCUCCGAAGUCCUUAAAUCACCAUUCGUCCGAACACUCGUACUCCCCAAGAUCCACUCCGUGCGCGACCUUCAUCACGUCUCGCGAGCUAUCCGAACUUCCCGGGCAGGAAUAUCAACUCCAUUCCCUAUACGCCUCGUUGCAAGUAUCGAAAGCGCCAGAAGCGCGUGGAAUCUUGGCGAGAUCGCUUCUUGGACUUCGGAGUAUGAUCCAGAUGUGGGUGGGAAGUUGGGUGCUUUGCUCUUCGCGGCAGAAGAUUAUUGUGCGGAUACCUCGGUGUUGCGGUCUUCUUCAAGACUUGAGCUUCUCUAUGUACGGUCCCAAAUUACGAUUGCUGCGAAGGCUUUCGGAUUGGAUGCCAUAGAUAUGGUGCGUAGUGUCACGACUACGGACCUCGAUUAUCUAAAAGACGAAUGCGAAGAUGGAAGGAGACUUGGUUUCAAUGGAAAGCAAGCCAUUCACCCCACACAGGUUGAUAUCAUUCAGUCGACGUUUGUUCCUUCAGAAAAAGAAAUUCUUCGCGCCGCCAAGAUUCUCCACCAGAUGGAAGUUGCGCAUUCCUCUCAGAAGGGCGCCGUUGGCCUAGAGAUGGAGGGGGGCGGUAAGGAGAUGAUUGAUGCUCCGAUGUUGAAGCAGGCUGAGAAUAUUAUGCGAGUGGCCAAGGCAGCUGGCUUGCAAAUACCUGUUAUAGAUUAG